AUGUUUGGAAAAAAUAUCUAUUCCGAUGCGAUUCCUAAUUUUCCUGAUAUCUCAGAAGAUUAUUUUGAUAUUAAGAAUGAAGAAACAAUAAAUGAAUUAAUGGAUCUAUAUCAUUCAUCAAAAUAAGUAAUACCAGUGAAUGGAUAAGUUUCAAGUCAAUUUAGAGAAAAAUAAUAAGGAUUGAUAAGUUUAUUUGAUUUGCUAGACAAUCAAUUAAAAUCUAAUUUAUGCAAACCAGAUAUUUAUCAACCUGAUUAAAUAGAUUGCACUAUUAAUACUCCAUAUCAUAAUUUUGACUAUUAUAAUCUAUCCAAUGUAGAGUAGGAUCAAAGUGAAGCUUAACAAGAAGCUGCUAAGUACUUAAGCAAUAAAACUAAUGAUUUAUAGGGAAAAUUUGAGUAGAUGCAGAUUGAAACUAAACAAAUUAACAAAUAAUUAUAAAAUGGAAAAUUAACAAAAAAAAUGGAACUCUUAUCUUUUUAUGAUGAAGAGUGUAAUGAUUGA